CAAUACCUCAAGAAAUUUUCGUUCAACAACACCCAAGCUUCUGAUCUGUGGGAGGUUUUCGACAAAGUUGUAACGAAUGUCACGGGUCCAGAUGGUAGCCCUUUGAAAACCACUGAACUUGCUAACCAGUGGACUACACAGAUGGGCUAUCCUAUGGUUACUGUGGAAAAUUUCAACUCUACUUCUCUGAAAGUGUCUCAAACCCGGUACAAGACAAAUAAGGAUGCUCUGGAGUUGGAAAAGUACCGCCAUCCAAAAUAUGGGUUUAAGUGGGAUAUUCCUCUGUGGUAUCAGGAAGGAACUAACAAAGAAAUAAAACGAACUUGGCUUACCAGAGAAGAGCCGCUUUAUCUUCACGUUGGUAAUCCUGCAGCGAGCAUUGUUGUCAAUGCUGAUCGGCAUGGAUUUUAUCGGCAAAACUACGAUAAGGAAGGCUGGCAAAAAAUUAUCAAACAAUUCAAGGAAAAUCACGAGGUGUACAGUGCAAGAACCAGAAACGCGAUCAUAAGUGACGCGUUUGCAGCUGCCCUUGUUGACAAACUCGAGUACGAAACUGUUUUUGAACUGCUGAAGUACGCCAAGAAAGAGAAGGAACUUUUACCAUGGAACGAUAUUAUUGUUGGAUUCUAUUCAAUUCUAAAGUACUUUGGCAACGAACCGGAAUCGAAAUAUGCUAAAAGUUACAUGUUGGACGUACUGAAACCGAUCUACAGCAAGAGCAGUAUUGAUUACAUUACCAAGAAUUACGCCGACGAUUCGUUAUUUUUCGAA